AUGGAGUUAGCCCACAGUUUAUUACUAAAUGAAGAAGCUUUGGCUCAAAUCACCGAAGCAAAGAGACCAGUUUUUAUCUUUGAAUGGUUGCGAUUUCUUGAUAAGGUCUUGGUUGCUGCCAACAAGACUGAUGUAAAGGAAAAACAGAAAAAACUUGUUGAACAAUUAACUGGAUUAAUAAGUAGUUCACCUGGACCACCUACCCGAAAAUUGUUAGCUAAAAAUCUUGCAGCCCUUUAUAGCAUUGGAGACACUUUUACAGUUUUUCAAACACUUGAUAAAUGUAAUGACAUUAUCAGAAAUAAAGAUGACACUGCAGCCUACUUACCAACAAAAUUGGCUGCAGUGGCUUGUGUUGGAGCAUUUUAUGAAAAAAUGGGAAGAAUGUUGGGCAGUGCUUUUCCAGAAACAGUAAAUAAUCUUUUGAAAUCUCUGAAAAGUGCAGAGUCUCAAGGGCGAAGUGAAAUCUUAAUGAGUCUACAGAAAGUUCUAAAUGGACUGGGUGGUGCGGCAGCUUCCUCUCAUCGUGAUAUUUACAAGAAUGCCAGGUCUCUCCUGACUGACAGGUCAAUGGCAGUUCGAUGUGCAGUGGCCAAGUGUCUACUAGAACUACAGAAUGAAGCUGUAUUCAUGUGGACUGCUGAACUGGAAAAUAUAGCCACUCUGUGUUUUAAGGCUUUGGAAAAUUCCAAUUAUGGGGUGCGAGUGGCAGUGUCUAAACUCUUAGGAACAGUCAUGGCUACAGCAUUGAUGCCAAAACAGGCAACAGUAAUGCGUCAAAAUGUAAAGCGAGCGACAUUGGAUGAAGUCUUGGAACUCAUGGCUACAGGAUUUCUACGUGGAGGGUCAGGUUUCUUAAAGAGUGGUGGAGAAAUGUUAAAAGUUGGAGGAUCUGUUAAUCGUGAAGUGAGAGUUGGCGUUACACAGAGACAUGAUUUUGUGUUUCUAGAAGCAGUAGUGAAUGAUACUAGUGGUGAGAACAAAUCUGGCGCAGCAGACAUCGCAGCCAGCCAGCAUGUCAUGGUCUGUGCACUGCAGGAGCUCGGGAGCCUGGUGCAGAGCCUGAAUGCCACCGCGUCCCCGCUUAUUCAGGAAGCAUCGAUAGGACUUUUGGAGAUUGUGACUUCAGUGUUGCUUCAUCCAAGUAUGGCUGCUCGGCUGGCUGCUGCAUGGUGCUUGCGCUGUGUGGCUGUGGCAUUACCUUUCCAGUUGACACCAUUUCUAGACAGGUGUGCAGAGCGGCUCAACAACUUGAAGACUUCACCAGAAGCUGUUAGUGGGUACAGUUUUGCAAUGGCUGCUCUGUUGGGUGGAGUUCAUCAGUGUCCUUUGGGCAUUCCUCAUGCCAAAGGAAAGAUGGUAGUUAGUAUUGCUGAAGAUCUUCUACGAACUGCUGCCCAAAAUAGCAGGCUGUCUUUACAGCGCACCCAAGCUGGAUGGCUUUUACUUGGAGCACUUAUGACUUUAGGACCAUCUGUUGUCCGUUACCAUCUGCCCAAGAUGUUGUUAUUGUGGCGAAAUGUUUUCCCUCGUUCUUUAAAGGAAUUGGAGGCUGAGAAGGCCCGAGGUGAUUCUUUUACCUGGCAGGUGACUUUGGAAGGUCGUGCUGGAGCUUUAUGUGCCAUGAGGAGUUUUGUGGCACAUUGUCCGGAGCUCCUAACUGAAGAUGUGAUUAGAAAAUUGAUGACUCCUAUUGAAUGUGCCAUGACUAUGAUGUCGCACAUUCCAUCUGUAAUUAAAGCCCAUGGAGCUCAUCUGAAAGCUAGUGCUGCAAUGGUCCGUUUAAGACUUUAUGAUAUCUUGGCUUUGUUACCUCCAAAAACUUAUGAAGGAUCUUUCAAUGCACUUCUUAGAGAACUGGUAGCAGAAUUCACUUUGACUGACAACUCAGCCAACACAACUACUUCCCUCCUCAGAUCCCUCUGCCAUUAUGAUGAUAGUGUUCUUCUUGGUUCCUGGCUUCAAGAAACUGAUCAUAAAUCAAUUGAAGACCAGCUCCAACCAAACAGUGCAUCUGGAAGUGGGGCUCUCGAGCAUGAUCCUUCCUCCAUUUAUUUACGAAUACCUGCUGGAGAAGCUGUGCCUGGUCCUCUCCCUCUNNUUUUGAGCCAUAUUUGAAUAAAAGUAUCACUAAUGUGAACUUUAUCCUCCUAUCAUAGACUACAAAUGUUGGAUCACUUUGCUGAAUGUGUUAAACAAGCCAAAGGAGUCCGUCAGCAGGCUGUGCAGCUUAAUAUAUUUACUGCUGUUCUUAGUGCACUAAAGGGCUUAGCUGAGAACAAAAGUACUUUGGGACCUGAGGAAGUUCGGAAAUCUGCUCUGACACUGGUUAUGGGCGCUCUUGACAACCCAAACCCUAUCUUACGAUGUGCAGCAGGGGAAGCUCUUGGAAGAAUGGCUCAGGUGGUUGGAGAAGCAACUUUUAUUGCUAGAAUGGCCCAAUAUAGCUUUGACAAGUUAAAAUCGGCUCGAGAUGUUGUUUCUAGGACCGGUCAUUCAUUGGCUCUUGGUUGUUUGCAUCGUUAUGUUGGUGGUAUAGGCUCAGGACAACAUUUGAAGACCAGUGUCAGCAUUUUAUUGGCUCUAGCACAAGAUGGAACAUCCCCUGAAGUCCAGACUUGGUCUCUUCAUUCACUUGCUUUGAUUGUGGAUUCCAGUGGCCCAAUGUAUCGUGGAUAUGUGGAACCAACAUUAUCUCUAGUGCUCACCUUGCUGUUGACAGUUCCACCUUCACAUACGGAAGUUCAUCAAUGUUUGGGUAGAUGCUUGGGGGCUAUAAUAACUACUGUUGGUCCUGAACUACAAGGGAAUGGAGCGACAAUUUCUACAAUUCGUUCCUCUUGCUUGGUGGGUUGUGCAAUAACCCAGGACCAUUCUGAUUCUCUUGUUCAGGCAGCUGCCAUAUCUUGCCUUCAGCAGCUUCACAUGUUUGCACCACGACACGUCAAUCUAUCUAGUCUCGUUCCUAGCCUUUGUGUUCACUUAUGUAGUUCCCAUUUGUUACUUCGACGAGCAGCUGUGGCAUGUCUUCGACAACUUGCGCAAAGAGAAGCAGCCGAAGUAUGUGAAUAUGCCAUGAGCCUAGCCAAAAAUGCAGGGGACAAAGAGAGCAGUGGUGCUAAUGUCAAUCCUUUUGCACCUGGGGUUAGUUCGCGAAGUGACAUCCAUUGCCGGCACCAAGGUGUUAAUAUAACAGAAACUGGUCUUGAGGGACUCCUUUUUGGAAUGCUAGACCGGGAGACAGAUCGAAAGUUAUGUUCUGAUAUUCAUGACACUUUGGGACAUAUGCUUUAUAUGAGUACUGCAGCUCCCUUAAGUAGUGGAAAAGAUGAAGAAUCUGAAAAGAAAGAUGAGAUGGAUGAUGAUACCAUGUUUACCACAUUAGGCGAAGAAGAUAAAUCAAAGCCCUUUGUGGCCCCUCGCUGGGCCACUCGGGUAUUUGCUGCUGAUUGCCUGUGUCGAAUCAUCAAUUUGUGUGAGAAUGCGGACCAGGCUCACUUUGAUCUUGCCAUGGCACGUUCUGCUAAACUUCGAAACCCUACAAAUGACCUCUUGGUACUUCAUCUCUCUGACCUGAUUCGCAUGGCAUUCAUGGCUGCGACUGAUCAUAGUAACCAGCUGCGGAUGGCUGGUCUCCAGGCACUUGAAGACAUUAUCAAGAAAUUUGCGUCUGUGCCUGAGCCAGAAUUUCCAGGCCAUGUGAUUCUGGAACAGUAUCAAGCUAAUAUUAAAAAGGAAGCAGAGUCAAAACCAAAAAGAACAAUUAAAAAUACUGAUGAUGAUGAUGAUGACUAUGGUACCAUAGAUGAACUACCACCAGAUAGUUUAAUAACACUGGUACAACCUGAACUGCCGACACUCAGCCGCCUGUGGUUGGCAGCAUUAAAAGAUUAUGCACUUUUGACUUUACCAGCUGAAUUUGCUAGUCAGCUCCCCCCAGAUGGUGGAGCAUUUUAUACUCCUGAGACUAUUGAUACAGCUAGACUUCACUAUCGUAAUUCCUGGGCCCCAAUUCUCCAUGCGGUGGCACUUUGGUUAAAUAGCACAGGAUUUACAUGUUCCGAGUCCACGGAAGCAGCAGCAGUAUCUGGCUUACAAAAACGUUCUACAUCUGUCAAUUUAAACCAGGCAUCAGGAGCAACGGGUAGCGCUAAGUCUUUGCCAGAAAUUAACAAAGACAGAAUGCAUCUGAUUUUAGGUGUGAGUAUACAGUUUCUUUGUUCCCCUAGACCUGAGGAGCCUAUUGAACAUGUUACAGCAUGCCUCCAGGCAUUACACACCUUGCUGGAUUCUCCUUACGCUCGAAUCCAUAUUGCAGAAGAUCAGCUGAUUGGUGUUGAGUUGCUGAGUGUUUUGCACCGCCUCCUGUUGACCUGGAAUCCAUCAUCCGUCCAGCUAUUGGUUACUGGAGUUGUACAACAGAUAGUAAGAGCUGCUCAGGAUUAUUUGCAAGAAAAAAGAAACACUCUAAAUGAAGAUGACAUGGAAAAAGAGUCCUGUACUGUAUUAGGAGAAGGAGGUGACAGCGGUGGUCUCAUUCCUGGAAAAUCGCUUGUGUUUGCAACUAUGGAGCUGUUGAUGUUCAUUUUAGUGCGGCAUAUGCCACAUCUCAGUACCAAGAUGUCGGACUCUCCAAGUCAUACAGCCACUAAAACUCGACUGUCAGAAGAAAGUGCUCGUUUGGUGGCAGCCACAGUUACCAUACUCUCUGAUUUACCAUCCCUGUGUUCACCUGCUGGAUGUAUGACAAUCCUGCCCACAAUUCUCUUCUUAAUUGCAAGAAUAUUGAAAGACACAGCAAUAAAGUCUGCAGAUAAUCAGGUUCCUCCACCAGUCAGUGCAGCUCUUCAAGGGAUUAAAAGUAUUGUGACACUUUCAAUGGCCAAAACUGAGGAAACUCAAAAACAAUGGACAGCUCUAAUUCGUAGCACUCUUGCAUGCAUCCUGGAAUAUUCUCAACCAGAAGACUCUAUGCCUGCACCUGAUGAAGUAAGCAUGCUAACAGCAAUUGCACUCUUCCUGUGGUCUGCUAGUAGUGAAAUAAUAGGCGUCCAGUCAUUACAGAAUGGCUGCAUGAACAGAUUUAAAAAUGCAUUAAAUUCAUGUGACCCGUGGCUUGAAUACAAUCAGCUUAUUGGUGAUAAUGUUAUACGAGUUUACGUGAAAGUGUAUGAGCUGGUUCAGACCACUCCUACUCUUGUUACUUCAUGUCCUGCAGCUGAGGGGAAAUCUGGGAAAGGAGAUAACAUAGAUAAUGAAUGA